GCGGCGGCCGCGGCUGCGAGCAACAGAUCCGGGCGCCGCGAGCAGACCCGCGCUGCUAUCUGGCGAUUUUUAAAUAUUUUCAAAAACAUUUCUUCAAUUUGAAAAUUUUGUAUUUUUUCAAUGGCGCUGGCCCCGGGUCAGCGGGCGGUUUUCUCUGCAUCAAGAUGGGCUUUGCCUUUUCCGUCAGGGGCACCCGUGGUGGCCUGAUUGUCAGUCUUCGGGCAUUUUUAAGGCCAGGAGCCGAGCAGUGCAUGUAAGGGAAUCACCCUACAGAGCGGUUUGGCUUUUUAAAUUACUGGUGGUGUUAUUUUGGGCAGAGAACAGUCGAGCUCGUGCACUCCGUCCCCCCUGCAGAAAAGGCUGCGAGUCGGAGGUGGGUCUGUCGGAGGGUGGAAUUCCUCCCGCGGUGAGAGAGCUCCGGCCCCGCGCGCAGUGCAGCGGCCCCGCGUGUGUGUCCUCUCCCUGCCGGCGCCGGGAAAAUGGAGGCUGUGAUUGAGAAGGAAUGCAGCGCGCUCGGAGGCCUCUUCCAGACCAUCAUCAGCGACAUGAAGGGGAGCUAUCCAGUUUGGGAAGAUUUCAUAAACAAAGCUGGAAAGCUGCAGUCCCAGCUCCGGACAACAGUAGUAGCAGCAGCUGCCUUCUUGGACGCCUUUCAGAAAGUGGCUGACAUGGCUACUAACACACGUGGUGGCACCAGGGAGAUCGGAUCUGCUCUCACCAGGAUGUGCAUGAGGCACAGAAGCAUAGAGGCCAAGCUGAGGCAGUUUUCCAGUGCUUUGAUCGAUUGUCUGAUAAACCCACUCCAAGAACAGAUGGAAGAAUGGAAGAAAGUGGCCAACCAGUUGGAUAAAGACCAUGCAAAAGAAUAUAAAAAAGCUCGCCAAGAGAUAAAAAAGAAGUCCUCAGAUACGCUGAAACUGCAGAAGAAAGCAAAAAAAGUGGACGCUCUCGGGAGAGGUGACAUCCAGCCUCAGUUGGACAGUGCUCUCCAAGACGUCAACGAUAAGUAUCUCCUGUUAGAAGAAACAGAAAAGCAGGCAGUCCGCAAGGCCCUGAUCGAGGAACGUGGCCGAUUCUGCACCUUCAUCUCCAUGCUGCGGCCUGUGAUUGAAGAAGAAAUCUCAAUGCUGGGGGAAAUCACCCACCUUCAGACCAUAUCAGAGGACCUGAAAAGCCUGACCAUGGACCCUCACAAGCUGCCCUCCUCAAGCGAACAGGUGAUCUUGGACUUGAAAGGUUCUGAUUACAGUUGGUCUUACCAGACGCCACCCUCUUCCCCCAGCACCACCAUGUCCAGGAAGUCGAGUGUCUGCAGCAGCCUGAACAGUGUCAACAGCAGCGACUCCCGGUCCAGCGGCUCCCACUCGCACUCGCCCAGCUCACACUACCGCUACCGCAGCUCCAACCUGGCCCAGCAGGCGCCUGUGAGGCUGUCCAGUGUGUCCUCCCACGACUCAGGAUUCAUAUCCCAGGACGCCUUCCAGUCCAAGUCACCUUCCCCCAUGCCGCCCGAGGCCCCCAACCAGUUGUCUAACGGGUUUUCUCACUGUAGUCUAUCAAGUGAGUCCCCUGUGGGGCCCGUGGGUGCAGGCCUUUUCCCUCAUUGCCUGCCUGCCUCCCGCCUGCUCCCUCGGGUCACCUCUGUCCACCUUCCAGACUACGCUCAUUAUUACACCAUUGGGCCCGGCAUGCUCCCGUCAUCUCAGAUCCCUAGCUGGAAGGACUGGGCUAAGCCAGGCCCCUACGAUCAGCCCCUGGUGAAUACCCUACAGCGCCGCAAAGAGAAGCGUGAGCCAGACCCCAACGGGGGUGGACCCAGUACCACAGGCGGCCCACCUGCCACUGCCGAGGAGGCUCAGAGACCGCGGAGCAUGACCGUGUCAGCUGCUACCCGGCCUGGUGAGGAGAUGGAGGCUUGUGAAGAGCUGGCCCUGGCCCUGUCACGGGGCCUCCAGCUUGACACCCAGAGGAGCAGCCGGGACUCGCUGCAGUGCUCCAGCGGCUACAGCACCCAGACGACCACCCCAUGCUGCUCGGAGGACACCAUCCCAUCGCAAGUUUCAGAUUACGAUUAUUUCUCUGUAAGUGGAGACCAGGAGGCAGAACAGCAGGAUUUCGACAAAUCCUCCACCAUUCCACGUAACAGUGACAUCAGCCAGUCUUACCGACGGAUGUUUCAAGCUAAGCGCCCAGCUUCCACUGCUGGCCUCCCCACCACCCUCGGACCUGCCAUGGUCACCCCAGGGGUUGCCACCAUCCGACGGACCCCUUCUACCAAGCCUUCUGUCCGCCGAGGGACCAUUGGAGCUGGUCCCAUCCCCAUCAAGACACCUGUGAUUCCUGUCAAGACCCCAACCGUCCCAGACCUCCCUGGGGUAUUGCCCACCCCUUCAGAUGGGCCAGAAGAGCGAGGUGAGCACAGCCCUGAGUCACCGUCUGUGGCCGAGGGUCCCCAGGCUGUCACCAGCAUGCCCUCCUCCAUGUGGAGUGGCCAAGCCUCCAUCAACCCUCCACUCCCAGGCCCGAAGCCCAGUAUUCCUGAAGAGCACAGACAGGCAAUUCCAGAAAGUGAAGCCGAAGACCAAGAAAGGGAUCCCCCAAGUGCCACUGUCUCCCCAGGCCCGAUUCCAGAGAGUGACCCUGCAGACCUGAGCCCAAGAGAUAGUCCGCAGGGAGAAGACAUGCUGAAUGCCAUCCGGAGGGGCGUGAAACUGAAGAAGACCACAACAAACGACCGCUCAGCCCCUCGCUUCUCCUAGGCUCACAAGAAAUGCUGCCAGUGGGGAUCGAACUGUUUAAUUAAUAAAAUCGAAUUUGUCUUGAUCCAUUCCAAUCUAUAAUCAAACAAGAGAUUUUGUAGGCAACUCAGAAUACAGCUCUUUUGAAAGUACCUGACACCUUUAGAUAAGAAUUAAAAGCAACAUAUGUAA